AAUACCACAGUCUGUGGCAAUACUGUUAUUUUCCUACGUUCAAAAAAUUAAAAUAACGACAUAUUACCUGAUUAGUUAAUGACUGGAACUCGGAAGAUUGAAGAAUAACGAAGGAAAAUUGUCUGAUGAUUAUUAGUUGACAUGGAUGCUGUAAAAGUUGCCAUUCGGAUACGCCCCCUUGUAAAAUCCGAAUUGGAGCGAGGAUGUUCCAAUUGUGUGUUAGGAGACCCCAUAAACCAACAGAUAAUUGUCAAUAAUAAUGCUAAUUUGACUUUUACCUUCAAUUAUGUUUUUACUCCUGAACAUUCUCAAAGUCAUGUAUAUGAGUUAGCAGUAGAAGAUUUAGUUCAGAAAUUAUUUAGUGGUUAUAAUGUUACCAUACUAGCAUAUGGUCAAACUGGAUCAGGUAAAACUCAUUCAAUGGGAACAAAUUUUGUAGAUAGUAAUGAAGAAGAAAAAGGUAUAAUACCUCGAGCUAUCCAAAAUAUUUAUAAUGAAGUGCAAAAAAAGACAGAUUCAAAUUUUACUAUUAAAGCAUCAUUUAUAGAACUUUAUCAAGAACAAGUUUACGACCUUUUAUCACCUAACAAAGCAACUCUUGAUAUUAGAGAAGAUGGUCGAGGCAUUUGUAUUCCUGGAUUAACUGAAAUAGGUGUAAAUAACUUUGAUAGUACUCUUCAAUGUUUAGUUCAGGGUUCAAGUGGCCGUGCCACUGGUGCAACGGCAAUGAAUGCGCAAUCUUCUCGCAGUCAUUGUAUUUUUACUUUGACCAUAAGUCAAGUACAAGAUGAUGGAAAUAGUAUGACUGCCAAAUUUCAUCUAGUUGAUUUAGCUGGUUCUGAAAGAAGUAAAAAAACUAAAGCCACCGGAGAGAGAUUUAAAGAAGGAGUUAAUAUUAAUAAAGGACUUUUGUCUUUAGGAAAUGUUAUCACAUCUUUAUGUGAAAAAUCUGCUCAUGUAUCAUAUAGAGAUAGUAAAUUAACACGUUUAUUACAAGACUCGUUGGGUGGAAAUUCUGUUACAUUAAUGAUAGCAUGUAUUAGUCCAGCUGAUUAUAAUAUGGAUGAAACUGUUAGUACACUACGUUAUGCUAAUAGAGCAUUACAAAUUAAAAAUAAGCCUAUUAUAAAUCAAGAUCCAAUUACUGCUCAACUUACUGCUCUUUCUAAAGAAAAUCAUGAAUUGAAGUUGAAAAUUGUAGCCAUGGAAGCUAAUGGAGUCACUAACUGUCCCCCUGAACAUAACGAAUUACAAAAAUGUGUUAAAGAUUAUCAAGAUAAAAUUAGAUCGAUGAGUCAAGUGUUAAGUGAAUAUAUGACACAAAGUGCUUCUCUUAAUAUGAAAGCCUUAAUGGCAGAAACAGGACGUGAAACUAUGAAAAAACACCUUCAAGAUUUAGCUUCAGAUUUUGAAAAUGCAUUAAAAACUAAUAAUGUUGAAGAAUUUAAAAAUAUUAAACAAAAAAUUAGCUAUAUUAUGGAUGAACACAAUCGUACUGAGGUUGAGAUAUGUAGUGAUGAUUAUGUUACCGCCAAUGAAGAUAUGGAUGAUGAUCAAUCUGAAUGUGAUAAUGAAACUGAUCAGACUAAAGAACAAAUGGUAAUGGAAACCAUACAAUUAAAUAGAGAACUCAAUAAAUUAAAUAAAGAGUUGGCUAUGAAAGAACAUUUAGCAGCUAAACUUAUUGAAUCAGUUUCCCAUAUUGGUGAGUAUUGCCCAGAAGAGGAUACAGAAGAAUUGAAAAAUAAACUUGAGCAACUGAAACAGGAAAGAGAUCAAUUGGAAGAAGCUCUUAAAGUAGCUCAGUCAAAUAAUAUUUGUACCAAAUUAGCGGAACAAAGAAGGAAAAAAUUGCAAGAAUUAGAAAACAAAAUUGCUAGUUUAACAAAGAAAUGUUUAGAACAAGAUAGAAUAAUAAAAAUGAAGGCGAAAAAUGAUCAAAAAGUUGAGAGCCUAAAUAAUGAGAUAAAAAGUAUUAAAGUUAUGAAAGUUAAAUUAAUUCAACAAAUGAAAAGUGAAAAUGAAAAGUUUAGACAAUUUAAAUUAGAACGUGAUAGAGAGCUGUGUAGACUCCGAGAAAAUGAAAGGAAACAAAAAAAUCAAAUGAUUCGCAUGGAAAGACUUCAUGUACGUCAGCAAACUGCACUAAAACGAAAACUUGAAGAUGCAGCAAAUGUCAAUAAAAGACUUAAAGAUGCACUUGCUGUACGAAAAGCUAUUGAAGUAAAGCGCGAUGAAGCGUUUAUGCCCAAAGCUCAACGUAUACAAAAAUGGGUUGAUGAAGAGCUAGAUGUAUUGAUGAGUACAGUAGAUGCAGAAAAAACUUUGGAACAAUUAGAAAUGGAUAGAGAGACAAUUUGCAAAAUGAUGCAAAGAUGUGAAGAUCAAUUGGAAACAACAGGUCUAACUGAUGAAUUUAAAUAUGGUUUGAAAAUGGAUAAAAAAGAAAUGGCUGUAGAAUUGCAAUUAAGAUCAGCACAAAUUAUGGAACUUAGACAAAAAAUAUUUGAUAGUAAUGAAGAACUAAUGAAAAAAACACGUUUUGAUCAUUUAACUACUGUUGCUGAUACUAAAACUGCUUUAAAACAUGCAUUCCAUGUUGCUGCUGAAAAUCGAAGAACUACAUUAGAAUUACAAAAUCAAAUAGAUGAGUUAAAAGCUGCAAUAAAUGAAGCAAAAGAAAAUUUAUUGAUUGAACAAAAAAAAACUUUAGAUGUAAUUUUAAAAAAUCAAAAACAUGUUGAACUUCUUCAAAAAGAUUAUGAAGACAAUAUAUUAGUAUUAUUAAGACAACUCAAUGAAAAAGAAAAAUCAUUGUCCACUGUAGGAACCAAUAAUGAUAUGUGUGAGCGUUUAAGAAUUUAUGAUGAACAACUUAGCAAAUUUGAACAAUUAAGAGAAGAAUUAAGUCAAAAAGAUAAAUUAAUUAGUGAUUUACAAUCUUUAGUGAAUAGUAGUUCAAAUAGUGUAAAAUCUAAUGUGAUAAAAUCUCCUAUUACACCAAUUAAUUUAAUUACUGAUGAUUCAAAAGAAAAUGAUAUUGAAAGCACUCCUUUAAGAAGACGUUUAGAUAAACUAAAAAGAGAGAGUCGAAUGUUUGAAAAGUCUGAUGAAAGAUUAAAUCGUAUGAACUUUAAAAGGAAUGCAGAAGGACAUCCAAUGUGCCUAUGUAUAAAAAAUUGUUUAAAAAACAUUUGCAUGUGUUAUAAAAAAAGCAUGUCUUGUUCAAAGUAUUGUAAAUGUUCAGAAGCUGUGUGUACAAAUAGACAUUCUACAAAACAUGAAUCUAUUGAAGAGGAACCAUCAGAUAUUGUUCUAAAUCAGACAUUUAAAAAACCCAAAACUGAAUUUAUGCCAACAAUAUGUGACUCUAACUAUGAAAUAUCUGAUAAAUCAUUAGAAUAAUUACUUGGUGUUUAUUUACAAAGAAUAUUUUUAAUGUUAAAUUUUUUGUUUUUAAAAAAUGGAUACCUCUUUUUUACCUUGAUCACUAUUGUUAGCUUGAUUAUUUAAUCCUAAUUUCUUCAUUGAUACAAAUUUUGUAUAAGUUAUAACCUAAUUAUUUGUAUUAUUUAUCUGUCUUUUUAUAGUCUUAAUAUAUUUUUAUUUUAUAAAAAUAUUUAAUUUUAAUUUGGGACUUUUAAAUGUUCUUAAUUUAAAUAAGCUAUCCUCGUGCCUCAUCAUUUUUAUCAUUUUUCCCUAAUUGUAGAAAACAUUUUCUUAAACAAAUUUAUGCUUAAUUUUUUCUAUCUAUUUUAUAUAUGCUCUAUUAGAAG